AGUGACGUGAUUUUUUUCUUUUCAUUUUUUAGAUAAUCAAAUCACAUUUUAUCAUAUAUUAUUUUAUCGAUAAUCUACUGAAAAAAUAAAGCUUUCAAAAAUAUAUGUUUUUAAUUUAAUGGACAAUGUAUUUAAUGGGCACUAUAAAAAGAAUCAGUAAGUGCAAUGCAAGUGAUGUGUGCUUCUUUCUCAAAAGGAAAACCCAUUAUAUUUUAGAUAAUCAUAUCAUAUUGUAUCAUAUAAUUAUACCGACAAUGUAUUGAAUUUAAAAAAACAUGCUUCUAAAAUAAUUAAGGUACAUUUUCAUUUAUUUAUAACUUAAUAACUACCCUUUUAUGAAUAGUAAGGGGAAACCAAUGGCCAAAAACAGCCAAAAAUGAGUGAGCUGGGCAGACCAGAAUGAACAUUCUAAAAGGCUUUAUUCUUGAGAUUCACACCAACUCCUUUAUUGCCAUGACAACAUCCCAUAGAAUGUUUACCUUAGAACUCCAGAAUAGAAUUUUCAAACUAGAAUCUUCAGUAAUUUAGCAAAGAUCAGCUCAGUCUAACUUGAGACACCAAAGAGAACAGCUGCUUUUUAACCAUGAGACUUCAAGAUUUUUUCCGCUGCUGCCUACCUGCUCCUAGAGAGGACUUUGAUGAUGAUCAGAGAGACUCAUCAAGGAGCACUACGGAAGACAACAGCAACAAGAAGAAAUCUGGAAAAGGAAUUUGGAAGAGACUUGCUAAACCAAGCAAGAAAAAACUCAGAAAAGAGGCCAAGCAACUGAGAAAUCAAAUGGCCGACAGAAAGAGGAGGGAGGUCCAUGUGAUGGACAUUAUAUCUGAAUAUGAAGAACCCACAAAGGCCCCACGUCCACGUCCAGUGAAGUGGGAGACACUUUAUGAGAAUGAAGAGGACAUCAAAAUUGACAACAUGGUCAUCCACAAGUCCUGGGUCCAUGCUACCCAGCACAGCAGGGAUGCUACUGGCCCAGCAGUUAUACACGUUGGGAUGUCUGAGGGAGAGGCAGCCCAGGUCAAGGCUGAUAUUCCGCUGAGUAUCAGCCUACUGGAGUCUGUCUAUGCCAACUUGUCCUCGGGCAUCGACAUUGACCUACUCCGUCACCUGGAGCAACUCUCCAAGGAUUUGUGCAAAAGAGACAACGGCGGAGGUGAUGAGCCUUCCCAGGCCAGUGAGAGCCUUGUGCUGGUUCCCAAUGCUGGAGACCUAGAGCUGGUACAGAGGCCUCUGACCAUGCAUGAGGAGGAGGAGAAGAAGAAGAAGGGUCUUCUCUUGGAGGAGGAGAAGAAGGAGGGUGUUCUCUUUGAGGAGAAGAAGAAGAAGGGUCUUCUCUUGGAGGAGGAGAGGAGGCUGCGAAUGCUGGCCUGCUUCCAACGAGGAGGACUGGCUGUUUUCAAUACAGCAACAGCAGCAGCAGUCCAGAUGAAAUAUAUUCUGGCACUGCUGUUUAGUAAUAUUUUUGUAAUAAUGAUGCAUAAACUAUACUUGUUCAUCAAUAUUUAAUAAUACUUUUGAUUUAGUGCACUAGUGAAAUAUUAUAUUUUUUAACAUUUGCAACAUUGAUAUUAAGUAUUUUAAUUUUAAUACAUUGUAUUAAUUAU